AUGUGGAACAGAGCUCUCCUCCUUUUGGGGUUGUCGAUUUUGGCCUUUGUUCAGGCUAUAGAUGGCUUCUCUCAUCACCACCAACUCGACCAUCAAUUCGUAGUGCAGGAUACCGACGGCAAUGAGCUUCAAGCAAGGAUGCCGUACUACAUUGUCUCCGCUAUCAGGGGAUGCGGCGGAGGGGGUGUCUCGGUGGGCAGAAGAGAGAGCUCCACCAGUCAAAGCCACACGGCCCACACCCCAAUGGUGAAGCAAAGCACCAACGACAGGAACAUGGGUACCCCAGUGAUGUUCUCUCCAGCAUCCUCAGAACACCCAGAAUUGGAAUUGCCGUCUAAAGAAGAAGAAGAGGGAACGAUGAUAAUUCGGGAAUCGAUGGACAUGAACAUUUGCUUCUCUGGAAUGGAGAAUAGGGUGUGGCAGGUGGAAGAGAUGAGGGAGCAGUCCGGAGGGUGGUGGUGGUCAUCGUCAAAGAAUUCGAGUUUGAGGUAUGUGACGGUGAAGGGGAAGCCAGGGCACCCAGGGGAGUCGACAAUGAGGAACUGGUUCAGAAUCGAGAGGAGAUAUAGGAUCGUCUACUGCCCCAACGUCUAUGAGUCUUGCCAUGUGGUGUGCGCGAGGGUUGGGAUCACCAAGGAAAACGGCGAGCGAUGGCUAUCGGUUUCAGAUCACAGAGCUAGGCAGUCCCACGACAACAACAAGAAGGAUGAAUAA